CCCGCCUGGGCUGCCUUUCAUAGCAAAGUCACAAAUCAACGCGAGCGGAUCUGCCACCGAACUACCGAUCUUCCAGUGGAUUACCAAACAUGUUGCAUCUGCAACUGUCUCUGCUUGCCUGCCUUUUGGUCCUGGCCAGCUGUAAAGUGCACAAGCAAACCCAGACUAAUAGUUGGAGGGAUAUGCUCUUCGGCAGCAAGUGGCUGACUCCUGCUCCGCGUUGGCGUGAAUCCAAAUUUUUGCCCAUCUUUGCCCUGGUCCCCAUUGGUCCUGGCAGCUGUUCAGCGCCCUCGGGCGAACAGGGAAAUUGCAUUCCCAGCAAGGAUUGUGUGCUGAGGAAUGGCAUUCCAGCUGGUCCUUGUGGCGGUGGCUAUGGCGUUUGCUGCAUCUUUCUUCAGACCUGCGGCGGUAUUAUACGCGAGAACUCGACAUACUUUGUGAAUCCCAAUCAUCCGGAUGUCUACGAUGGCACCGGAAGUUGCCAGGUUACGGUGCAGAAACUUCAUCCGGAUAUAUGUCAACUGCGCUUGGAUUUGGAUAUGUUUUCCAUAGCUCCUCCGGAAGCAGCCAAUCAUCUGUGCAAUCAAGAUCAGCUUCUAAUAUCGGGCGGUAGUCCCACACCCACUAUUUGUGGCAGUUCAACGGGAGAUCAUAUGUACAUUGACGCCGGUCUUGGCCAGAGCAACCCGAUUGUUUUAUCGGUGAUCACCAGCGGUAGUUUUCCGCGUCUGUGGCGCAUCCGCGUCACUCAAAUCCAUUGUGGCAGCAUCAGUCGAGCAGAUCAAGGAUGCUUGCAGUACUACACGGCAAUUAGUGGUCGUGUUCGCAGCUUUAACUAUAACACAGUGGCUGGUAGGCAACUCUCCAAUCAGGACUACAGCAUCUGCAUCAGGAGUGAACGUAACUUCUGCGGAAUUCAGUACAAUGCAUGUCCGGAUCUGGAGAACAACAGAUCGAGGGCAUUUACCCUGACUGGAAACUCCAACAAUCCGGUGCCCACAAUGGUGGGUGGUGGUGGUUCUAUGCCACCCAAUGCCAAUGGUUGUGUUAGUGACUGGCUUUUGAUUGGCUGCAUCAGGUCAGCGGAUAGAAUCCCUCCUCUGCCAGGAUGUGAGGAUCGCGUGUGCGGUGGUACUUUUAGUGCGGAGGCCGGAAUGCUGGCCAAAACAGUGCAAUCCAGCGUUCGUCCAUUCCGGUUGUAUUUCCACACGGACGGAGUAGAGGCGCCCAAUGAUAUUGACAACAGGGGAUUUUGCCUUGACUACGUGCAGCAGCCAUGUACAAAUGGCUUUUAGCUGUCAACCCAAAAGUAUGCAAUACUCUUUACACACAAGAUAUGAUCCAAGCGAUUAAAGUCGCUAGGAAAGUGUUAUUGGCGCUGUUAAAAUCGCAGGCAAAGCGUUAAUAUCUUUUCGUGUGUAAUAAAUAUGUUUUAUUUAUUGAUUUUCGUAAUUAAGUUAGACAUAACUAUAAAUUUAAGUUAAUUUAGAAAGCACAAAUCGUCUCGAAUUUUGGUACAAAUUGAAUGACGCGGUUCAGGAUAUUGAAAAUUUGUUCCGAUCAAAAUUCUAACAUUAAAAUCGUUUUUCCAACUACUAAUACAGGUUUAUUGAAUUACGUUUAAUUAAUAAUACUUAGCUGAAGCAAAAACAAAAAAUUAAAUAACAGAAAAACACGAUGAAAAACGCUUUUGUUUAAGGACAUUUUCGUUGCAGUUGUUGUUGUUGGUGAUCUUUUUGCUGCCUUGGCAUUUUAGCCAUAAAAUACAAAUUAAAAAAAUAAAAAUAAAAACAAGUACUAAUGUUGCGCACGUUGUCGUUAUAAAACGGGGUUUUCUGGGUUCGCUUGCUCGCCUGAGAUCGCCAAUUUCAGUCUGUGCGCGUAGUGCCCGACUUGUGACGUCACUGGGGAUGGGUUUAUCUCGGAUGUGAUGCGGGUAUCUACAAUAGUUAUAUAUCCUAAUCCUAAUAGGUUUGUAUUAAGGCAGCCACGUGCUGUUUCUCCUCUUCGGUCAGACCGUUUUUCAGCGUGCGACGUAC